GGUUGAAAUUUUGAUCGCGUUGAACGAUGAGGGUAUUUUUCGGUAGCGUUGACUGAAGUAAAUGAGGGAACUGAUGAAGAUUGUAGAUUUGUAUUCAAACUGGAUAACGAUGAUAAAAUUGUAUGCUGUUGUGUUUGUUGAUCGAGAGUAUGGAGUAUUGGCUGACGCCAAUAAAAUGUAGUUGGUGUGAUUAUGUGACGAAUUUGUUUCGACCAAAAGUUGGCAAUAAAUGUGGCUAAUUUUUUCUCUUCUUCAGCGUAUAGUUGUGGAAGUUUUUCGAUGAUUUUAGGGUCAUCCUUUUCUGCAAUUAAAUGAGUGAGAUUUUCAAUUUUUUGUUCGAUAUUGCCGAUAUUCUCAGUAACAUAUUUAAUAGUUCAUUCUAGCAAUUGUUUGCCGGAGGAUAGACAGAUAUCGUUCCAUUUUUAAUAAAGUCAUGUUGUCAGCGCCAAUUGUUGGUGUGGGAAAGUGAGUGAGGGAAGAUGGUAAUGAACUACGGGUAGUAUGAGUUUUGCGGAUAGCAUUGUGAUUACGAAAACGGAUCUGACGAUUAAUUUUACGUUUAAGUAUGACAUCAUUCGGGAGAGGAGGUUUUUUUAUCGGAUUUUGUCUUUCUUGAACUUCCUCCGACAUCUGGCGGAGCUUUUCACAGCGCGUCGAAUGAUGUGUUGCACUAGGCUUACUGUUCGGUGGUUACGGAGAAUUCUUGAUUUUACAGUUAUUGGUGCUAAAUCGCAUUAGCACAAAAUCGACUUUUUAUACGGAGAACAGAAUCGGUCCAAAUUUUUUUUUGAAGAGCUUAUGAUAUGAGUCGACGGGCAGCAAAGUAUCUCUUGAUUCAAAUCACAUUUCACACUUUGGUGCCAUUUAAAAUGCGCUAGUAUUCGCGCGAAAAUACGAAAAGUGAUUUGAAUCAAGAGAUACUUUGCUGCCCGUCGAUUCAUAUAAUAAGCUCUUCAGAAAAAAAAUUUGGACCGAUUCUGUUCUCCGUAUAAAAGGUCAAUUUUGCGCUAAUGCUUGCUUGUUUGGAGUAUAUUCUAUUGGGUGUAUUCGCCUGAAAGCGGUCGGAAGGGUCCGGAUUAUUGAAUAUGAUGAUGGGAUGUAAUUCUGAUGAGUUUCAUAACGAUUGGAGGGGCUAAAGUUAGUGGGCGGAUUUCACGUCUGAUGCGGACCUUUGGUAAAUGCCAAAUGUAAUUGUUUUCAAGCUGUCGCACAUCUUUUAUCCCACGUCUUUGAAGUCCCAUCUUUUUGAAGUCUAGUCACACCUCGAUUAUCGUCUUAAACGGCAUUCAUCAUGAAGAUGUUACUGUAAAAUUGUUUUUUCUAAACAUUUUUGCAAAUAUCAUGUUUUCUCAAAAAAGAACUAAUGCGUUUGGCGGGUGUUACCCUAGUGAAAUAUUUUUUAUAAAUUCUGAUAAGAGUCUUAUGAGAAUUUUACGUGGAUCUUAUGUAAAAUUCCGCAAGAUAUAAGAUAAGUAUAAGAUUCGUAUACGAUUUACAUAAGAUACUGAUAAGGAAUCCAUAAGAGCUGGCGAAAAGUCGUGAUUUUCUCUUAUUAGAUACUUAUAUCGAUAUCCGAUAUGAUCCUGAUAAGAUUCUUGGAAGAUUUCGUUAAAACAGAUUAUAUAAUUAGCUGCUGGUAACAACUUAUUAAAAUGUUUUUCAACGAUACAUUCUCGGUCGCGAUCAAUUCCGAAACUCGUUUCUCUGACCACUUACUAUUGAAUAAUGAGUCAUGUAAGUAGCUGUACAGGAAGUUCUUUUAUGACUCUUUCUAGUGCUUUAUUAAGACAGGUAUGAAAGGAGUUUUGAUGCAUAUUAAUAUUACUGGAACUGCUGUGUCUUCUACGACUUAGAGAGUCCAAACUGAAUGCCAUCUUACAGAGAAAAAAGGAUCACAAUUCACAUUUUUGUAGAGGUUCGUUUGAAAAAGUGGAAUGUAUGCGAUUGAGUGAGAUGUCGUGCUGUGUAGGCUUCUGUCACAUUAUUUUUCGAACUUCAUUCUCUUUAUUUAUUCAUGAUAAAUUAAGAGAAGUUAUUCGGUGGCCCUAAAAAGAGGAAAAAAGGAAAGGAAAAUCAUUGUCUAAGACAAAGACACAUUGUCCUUUUACACAUUUUUCGCCAGCUCUUAUGGAUUCCUUAUCAGUAUCUUAUGUAAAUCGUAUACGAAUCUUAUACUUAUCUUAUGGAAUGCUUGGGACUAUCUUGCAGAAUCUUAUAUAAGAUCCACGUAAGAUUCUCAUAAGAUUCCUGUUAGAUGCUUACCUGUAACAUGCACGUUUCGUGUAAGCUUCCCGACUGUUCCUUAUAUAAGAUUCGGUGUCUAGGGUAAUAGCAAUUCAUCGUUGCAACGGGUUGUAAAGUUUGAUAAAUUUUUGAAUGUUAUUAGUUUGGAUAAAGAACUUUAAGAAGAUCGUUUAAGAAGGAAAAUGGACAGAAUAUGUUGAAUAAAAAGUAUUGAUAUAGGCUGGACUGUAAGAUGAAUUUUUGUUUUAAUUUUGCCUAUAAUGUAAAUGAAAGGUGCAGAAUGUACCCGUGAGUUUGAAAACGAACGGUAAAAGUUUUGAAAAAUUGAAAAUAUGCAGGUAAAAUGGCAAUGUACAGUGAGCAGUCUGUAUGAACGAACAAGUUUUUCUCUAAGUUAGUCCGAAAGAGUUUCCACGGUGGAAAUUUGUGUGAAAACGGUGUGAUUAAACAACUUAGUACCGGAUUAUUGAACAACUCUGUAGGAACAGGAGCAAGGGUAGCUGCUGCGUCUUUAGCAUCCUAUUCGAUAUUCCUGAUGAGGUUCCCUUCGACACAUCUAAAUGUAGACGAAUAUCAAAAACCUCAGAAACAUUUACAGUAAUUCCUGACGUAACAAUUUUUGACAUUGGAAGAGAUGCCUAGGGUGGAGGAGAGUAGUAGCAUCCUUUGUGCUGACCGACGAAAAAUGCUGAUUAAGUCGUGCUCUAUUAACUGGACUGAUUCCAAUAUUUUUAGCCAAGGGAUCGUACAACGAUGGGAUGCUAGCAUGUUUUGAUCUUCUUAAGCAAUGUUUUAAUAAGUUCCACCAGGAUUUAGAUGUGUUUCUCCUAGAAGAAAUUCUUUGAAAGUAAACAUCUUUCGCAAUCGAAGUUUAUGUUUCUAAACGAUUAUUAGCUUUCAAAUAUUUUUUAUGAUCAGUUUGACUUCCUGUCUCCUGAUAUUUUUUAUUGCGUUUUUGCUUCGUUCGAUGCAAUUUCCUUAACUUGUCCGUAAACCAAGGUUGAUUGCGAGAUGUGACAGUUAUCCAUUUAUUAAUUAAAAUGGUAUUGGCUAUAUUCAAAAGUUUAAGUUGGAAAGUAGUUACUCUGUCCUCACAGUUAUUCUACGAUGCUAACAGUGAAUUCCAGUUUACUGAAGAUGGCUCAGAUCUAAAAAGUUCCCAAUCCGACUCUUUGCAUUUGUUUUAAGGUGUAUUAAUCAUGCUAGUGUACUCUACUGUGGAACAACAAAUACGAAUCUACUUAGAUUAAAUUCUCUUCAAUAUGGUGCAAGUUUAGCCGUUUCUGGAGCUAUGAGAGGUAGUUUACAUGAAAAAGUAUGUACUGAAUUAGGAUGGGUACCACUUUUUAUCAAACAAGAAAACGAAGACGUAUUUCCAGCUAUACCUAUUAAAUAUGAUUUUUUCGCUAUUCAUCGUCUAUGUUUAUAA